CAGAAAGGCAUGGAUACUAUUUGGAUGUAAUCCUGGAGUUCUGAAGCUGAUUACUUUCUUCCUGAUAACGUGCCUUAAAGUUCAGACUGUACUGUGGUGCGUGAGGAGGAGAGGAGUGGUUGCUUUUGCUUUCCUGAGGUGCUGUUGUAGCAGUACUCCAUAGCAAAUCUGCUAUUAUGUGCAGCAGAGGAUUUCAUCACAUUUCAGAAGAGAAUGUUUGGAACUGGGGCUAAAAUCCAGCUGCUAGUGGACAGCUGGCAAGACUUCUUGGAAGAGUAAUAAUGUCGUGUCUAUAGAGAAAGGCAGGAAAAUAUGAUAAAAAUGACUUAAGCUUUUCCUGUUGUUAAUGAGAUAGCUGAAAGUGUAUGGUAAACAUUGUUUGGAAUACAGGGCUGGGUUUUUUCAUUUUGUUUUCCUUAUCUCUACUUUUUCAGAUAUGCUCCUCAGGUGCUUUAUGAGCCCUGUACUCAGGACAUAGUGAUGUUCCUUGUUGUGAUGCUGUGCAACCAGAAUUACAUCCGAAAUCCUUAUUUAGUAGCCAAGCUGGUGGAGGUGAUGUUCAUGACCAAUCCAGCUGUUCAGCCCCGAACACAGAAGUUCUUUGAAAUGAUUGAGAAUCAUCCUCUCUCCACUAAAUUGUUAGUUCCCUCCUUAAUGAAAUUUUACACAGAUGUUGAGCAUACUGGAGCAACUAGUGAAUUCUAUGACAAGUUUACGAUCCGCUACCACAUCAGCACCAUUUUCAAAAGCCUUUGGCAGAAUAUAGCUCACCAUGGUACAUUUAUGGAAGAGUUCAACUCUGGGAAGCAGUUUGUUCGCUACAUCAACAUGCUGAUAAAUGACACAACUUUCUUGCUGGAUGAGAGUCUGGAAUCCCUAAAACGUAUCCAUGAAGUGCAAGAGGAGAUGAAGAAUAAAGAACAAUGGGACCUGCUGCCCAGGGAUCAGCAGCAGGCUCGGCAGUCGCAGCUGGCUCAGGAUGAGCGUGUCUCUCGUUCAUAUCUUGCCCUGGCAACAGAAACUGUUGAUAUGUUCCAUAUCCUUACCAAGCAGGUUCAAAAGCCUUUUCUCAGACCUGAACUUGGACCACGAUUGGCUGCUAUGCUGAACUUUAACUUGCAGCAGCUAUGCGGCCCAAAGUGCCGUGACCUAAAAGUUGAAAACCCUGAGAAAUAUGGGUUUGAACCAAAGAAGCUGUUGGACCAGCUGACUGAUAUUUAUCUACAGCUAGAUUGUGCUCGUUUUGCUAAAGCAAUUGCUGAUGAUCAGAGGUCCUACAGCAAAGAGCUCUUUGAGGAGGUCAUAUCAAAGAUGAGAAAGGCUGGAAUCAAAUCAACCAUAGCAAUAGAAAAAUUCAAACUUCUGGCAGAGAAAGUGGAAGAGAUUGUUGCCAAGAAUGCCCGUGCAGAAAUUGAUUACAGCGAUGCUCCGGAUGAAUUCAGAGAUCCACUCAUGGACACUCUGAUGACUGAUCCUGUGAGGUUGCCAUCUGGAACUAUUAUGGACAGGUCAAUCAUCCUGAGGCAUCUGUUGAAUUCUUCCACUGAUCCCUUCAAUCGUCAGACACUGACAGAAAAUAUGCUGGAACCAGUGCCAGAACUUAAAGAGCAAAUCCAAGCCUGGAUGAGAGACAAGCAGAAUGCUGACCAUUAAGAGUUCCCUUGCAGUGCACGCCAAUACCAGUGGGAAGAGCAGGGCGUGGGCUGUUGGCUGACACUGGGGCAGUUACACUUGGAAAGCUGCUGAUGGGAUUAGCACGCCCACUGGCAUAACUUGCUGUAGCGACCAGAAGCAUGUGGACAAGAAGAAAAGCAGCUUAAAUCUUGUACAUAUAUUUAAGUGAUAACGAUGGUCAAUAACACGGAGGACAAAUUAGGAAGUUGCUUAUGUUACAAAACUGUCCUUCAGUAUGUCACGUUUUGGAGUUUUUACAGCUGAAUUAUUUUAGCAAUGAUGAAUGGAUCAGGGCAGCAUCCCUUCAACCUUAUUUUUUACAGCCGGAUAUCCGUUAAUUUGAUUGUGGUUAGAACCUUGGACAUUUUGCUGCUAAAAUAACUUUUUCCUCUUUCCCUCCCUUCUUCCAACCAUCAGACCUGCACUGCUGUCUUUUUUUUUUUAAUGCAGAAAAAAAUCCCUGUGAAGAAACAAAAUCAUUCCCCUGCCCUCAAAAGAAUAUACUCUGUGCGAUAACUGUGCCUGCAACAAAGUGUUAAUUUUGGGAUCGUAUUUUUAUAUUAUGCAUAUUCACAUAUUUGUUUUUUUAAUUGGUGUUAGAAGACAUGAGGAUAAUUUGCAAAAGGCAAAGAUUUGACAUGUGAAUUUUAAGUUCUGUUAUCUGAGAUGUCCCGCUAUGCUGAUCAAGAUGCUCUGGUAUUUUUGAAAGGCCUUGAUACUGAGAUACAUUACAACAGCUGCCAAGAAUUAGAUGCUUGAGAAUACGAGGAUUUCAGUGACUUUUUAAAGAAAGAAAAUCCAUUCUUUUAUCGCUGCAGAUAUAAUAUAUGCUAAGUGACAGUUCUGAGCCGUUAGAGCUUGUCUGCAGAGAGCAGAUCCUUUUAUUCUGAGGCUGCAUUUUUGGGGGCAGGGGUCAUUUUUUAUGUUGCUUACCAGUUUGUAUCCAUGGCUUGGCCUUACCAAAGCAAAAAGGGUGCAGGAAAUGUAGAAUUACAUUUUUUUUUUCUUUAUUUUUUUUCCUUUUUUUUUUUAAGUAAAAGAGAUUAAAAACAUUCACAAACAUUUUUGUAUUACUGCCCCCUACUUCUGAUACUUGAAUUUCCUUUUUAAAAAGGAUUUGAAACCACAGUGUUUUAAAAUUAAGUCUGUAAAAAAAAGGUUGUUUUUCUUUUAUUUGUUUUUCGCUGUGUCCUCUGUUCAGUUCCUGACUCUUGAACUACAAUAAAUGAUGAUACACACUCGCAGAAA